AUGAAGGAGGAGGAAGAGCUUGUUGAGGUGACUGUUCCUGAUGGUGAAAGUGACAAUUCCCACCACUGUUUGAGAGACUUCAGCAGCCAGAGACGAACUGCUGCUGCUGUGGAAAUAUCCAGCGUGUUUGAAGAAACUGUGGUCCAGAACGAGAUGGAGACUGAUGGUCAGCGCAGACACAGAACAGAGAAGCAGGCUGAAUGUGAAAAGGUUUUUUGUGAGGAAACAUCUGGUAAAACUAGCCGUAAAAAACGUAAAAUAUGUCAGAAUUUAGAAACUGUUACUGAUAAGACGAAACUUUGUGAAAUCUGUGGUGAAAGUUACAACCAAGAGAAUGAUUUGUUGGUCCACAUGGAAACUCACACAGGUGAGAAGCCGUAUUCUUGUGAAACAUGUGGGAAAAGUUUCAGCAGAAGAAGUUGUUUGUUGGUCCACAUGAGAACUCACACAGGUGAGAAGCCUUAUUCCUGUGAAACAUGUGGAAAAAGUUACAACCAAAAGAAAGAUUUGUUACGUCACAUGAGAUGUCACACAUUUGAGAAGCUGUAUUCUUGUGAAACAUGUGGAAAAGGUUUCAGUCAUAAGGGUCAUAAGUUGGACCACAUGAGAACUCACACAGGUGAGAAGCCGUUUUCUUGUGAAACAUGUGGAACAUGUUUUAGCACAAGGAGUCAUUUGUUACGCCACACAAGAAGUCACACAGGUGAGAAGCCGUAUUCUUGUAAAACAUGUGGAAAAAGUUUCAGAGACCAAAACCAUGUGUUGGUCCACAUGAGAAUUCAUACAGGUGAGAAGCCAUAUUCUUGUAAAGCAUGUGGAAAAUGUUUCAGCACAAGGAGCCAUUUGUUAGUCCAUAUGAGAACUCACACAGGCAAGAAGCCGUACUCUUGUGAAACAUGUGGGAAAAGCUUUGGUCAUCGGAGUCAUAAGUUGGUCCACAUGAGAAUUCACACAGGUGAGAAGCCGUAUUCUUGUGAAACAUGUGGAAAAAGUUUCAGAGACCACUGUAAUUUUGUGACCCACAUGAAAACUCACACAGGGGAGAAGCCUUAUUCUUGUGAAACAUGCGGAAAAUGUUUCCUUCGUCGGAGUAAUCUGUUGGUCCACAUGAGAACUCACACGGGUGAGAAGCCGUAUUCUUGUGAAACAUGUAAGAAAUGUUUCAGUCAGCGGAGUCGUUUGUUAGUCCACAUGAGAACUCACACAGAAGAGAAGCCAAAUUGUUGUGAAAUGAUUUGCUGA